AUGGGCUGCCUGUACAGAGAGAAGCGGAACCUCUUCGAGGUGAAGGAGAACGUUCCUCGCAAGCUGGUGGAAAAAGUGGCCGGCGACAUCGAGACGCUCCUCGCCAAGAAAGUGCGAGCCUUGCAGAGGUUGGCUCGCGCUGCGGAGGAGUUCCAGAGAUCUCACCGUUGGCAGGAUAACAUCAGGGAGGAAGAUAUUGAGUACUAUGACGCCAAGGCUGAUACAGAAUACGAUGACCCAGAGGGGGAGGAGGAGCUGCGGGAGGCCAGCCACUCCCUCAAACUAGAUUUUACCGACGAUCUGAACUUCAAGGCGAAAGUGAACUAUUCGUACACCGCGGUGCAGAUCCCUACCGACAUCUACAAGGGUUGUGAGUAUCCAAACCACCCAACUCCUCUGUAA